ACUGCCGCGUCAGCAAUAGGGUUUAUGCAGCUGGGAGGGGAAACAUCGGUCAGAUCCGGCAGCGCUAGCGUCGAUCUCGUCGAAUCCAUGGCAAAUUCUAGCGGCGGCAGCCGUGGCGCCUGCAUUUCUGGAAUUCUUCUCUUAGACGAAUAAUCUCUGUCACACACACACGAACAGAUCUGCGCAGAUGAUUGCGUCGCACUAGAUGUUGUUGAUCCCCUGAUCGUCGUCGUUUCCACUCGAGUCCCAUGAGAUGAUCCUCCUCCCUGGUGUGCCGCUGUGAUAAUCUCAAGAGCGAGUGCCCUCUCCUCCAAGCAUCGGAUGGCCCCAAACCCAUCAGCAUUGCUACUGGCUCCCGUCCCAAACUCCUCCUCUUCUAGGAAGCGCCACGCAGAGGACGGUGGUAGUGGAAUUUCCAUUGGAGCCGGCCCUGCGACCAAACGGGCUGUCAAAACGCCUGAUGUUUUGUUUCGCCUCCUUGUCCCUGCAGGGAAGAUCGGCAAGGUGAUCGGCAAGAAAGGAUCGCAGAUAAAGAAGCUGAGAGACGAGACUGGCGCUCACAUCAAAAUCGCGGAUCCCAUGAACACUACCGAGGAUCGAGCGGUACUGAUAUCUUCCAAAAACGAGGGUGGCUCAGACAGAACUUGUGCCGAGCUUGCUCUCCUUGAAGUCGUCACGAUCUUACUAAAGGACGGAGAUGGUGCGACGCCUUCUGCGGCAAUUGGUCCUCAGCACCAAGGCUCUCCCAAUUUGACCAGGCUGCUCAUCGCCGGCUCCCAAGCCGGGAGCUUGAUCGGCAAAGCCGGGGCCAACAUAAAAAACAUUCGAGGCUCAUCCUCGGCCAGCGUCCGAGUUUUGCCUUCGGACCAGCUCCCGCUUUGCUCGGCAGCUUGUGAGACAGAUCGACUAGUCCAGAUCUCGGGCGAAGUGGCCGCGGUACAAAUGGCCAUCGAGCUCGUAGCUGCCAACUUAAGAGAUAAUCCACCAAAGGAAACUGUGCCUACAACUCCAGAAGCCAAGACGGCAUACUUUCUAGGAAUCGAUGGAAAAACCGGACAGCAAGUACUACUCCCGCAUUCUUCCGUGGCUGCUGUCUACGGGCAUUCUCCUUCCUCCAUGGCUCUCUACGGCCUCCAACCGCAUCCUCUCGCAGGUCCAGCAUACGCUGGCGGGGUUUUGGCCCAAGCUCCGCCGCUCUACGCAAAUCCUGCCGCUCGACUACCACCGAUGCUACCAAAAGUCUCGGCGGAGAUGAGCGUUCCCAGCUCGGUCAUGGGAGGCCUCAUUGGAAAAGGCGGCUUUCAUAUCUCCCACAUGAGGAGUGUUUCCGGUGCUACCAUCAAGGUCAAUGGAAGCAAAGAAAGCUCCGUGGAAAGAACCAUAUUGUUUGAAGGGACUCAAGAGCAAGUAAAUGCCGCGCAAAGUUUGGUUCAUGCGUUUCUUAAUGGGCAAUCGGCCCUUCCUUCGUCGACGUGACGAUGGAUUAGAUUAAGGUAAAAGGCAAUAAAACAAAUUAGAUUUAAAGGGA